AUAACAAACCGGCGUGAGGAGGGAAGAAACGCGCACCUCCCCCAGGCAGGUAAUAGGCUGUGGGCGGGCUUCCUCCCGCCUGGCCCAAUCCGAGAGAAGUAAGGGCGGAGUUUCUGCCGGGAGCGAAGAGCCAGCAGGUCAGGCGGCAAGAUGGCGGCCAUCGCCGAGCAGGACUUGGUGCCCCUCAGCCUGGAGCAACUGCCCACUGACCCGCUCCUACUCAUCCUAAGCUUCCUGGAUUACAAGGACCUCAUGAGUUGCUGUUUUGUAAGUCGUAGAUUAAAUCAACUUUCAAUCCAUGAUCCAUUGUGGAAGAGGCAUUGUAAGAAAUACUGGCUUUUGUCUGAAGCUGAGAAGUCUCGAAGAAAUAAGAGCUGGAAAGCAAUUUUCAUAGAUAUGUAUGCCGAUUUAGGAAAAUAUAUUCAGUAUUAUGCUACACUUAAAAAAGCCUGGGAUGAUUUGGAAAAAUAUUUGUUGCAGCACUGUCCUCGGAUGAUUAGUUCUUUGAAAGACAGUGUUCAGGAAGACGAUCUGGAUGCUGUGGAGGCACAGAUUGGUUGCAAAUUACCAGAUGAUUAUCGAUGUUCAUUUCGAAUCCAUAAUGGACAGAAGCUAGUUGUCCCAGGGUUGAUGGGAAGCAUGGCACUCUCCAAUCACUAUCGCUCUGAAGAUUUGUUGGACAUUGACACGGCAGCUGGGGGUUUUCAGCAGCGACUAGGACUGAAGCAAUGCCUUCCCUUAACCUUUUGCAUUCACACUGGAUUGAGUCAGUAUAUGGCUCUGGAAAGCGUGGAGGGUCGCAAUAAUUAUGAAAUCUUCUACCAAUGUCCAGAUCAAAUGGCCCGUAAUCCAUCUGCAAUUGAUAUGUUUAUCACAGGUAAUUCCUAUUUGGAAUGGUUCACCUCCUAUGUAAACAAUGUAAUAACAGGUGGCUAUCCAAUCAUCCGAGACCAGAUUUUCAGAUAUGUUCAUGAAAAAGACUGUGUAGCAAAAACAGGAGAUAUUACUGUCUCAGUGUCCACAUCUUUCCUACCUGAACUCAGUUCUGUACAUCCGCCUCAUUACUUCUUCACUUACAGAAUCAGAAUUGAGAUGUCCAAAGAUGCACUUCCAGAGAAGGCUUGUCAAUUAGAUAGCCGGUAUUGGAGAAUAACAAAUGCCAAAGGUGAUGUGGAGGAGGUUCAGGGUCCUGGAGUAGUAGGAGAAUUUCCAAUAAUUAGUCCUGGUCGAGUCUAUGAGUAUACUAGUUGUACUACAUUUGCUACUACAUCAGGAUACAUGGAAGGAUACUAUACAUUCCAUUGUCUAUACUACAAAGAUAGAUUUUUUAAUGUUACUAUUCCUAGAUUUCACAUGGUUUGCCCAACAUUCAAAGUAUCCAUAGCACGUAUGGAAACCAACCAUAAUGAUUGUGCUAUGGAUGAGGAUGAAGAUUCAACAGAUACUGACGAAUAUGAAGAUAGGCAUAGAAUUCUAGGCAUUCCCAUUCCUUCUGGGCGUUGUCCACGUCAGACCUGAUCAGAUUUUUGAAAUAGGAGUUCUGCGUAUAGAUGAGUGUACAUGUGUAUGUGUAUGUAUACACACACAUAUGCAUAUAUAAAUAUACACACACAUCUGUGUGUGUGUGUGUGUGUGUGUGUAUAGAUAUAUAGAUAUAUAGAUAUAUAAAUAAAAUAUUUGACAGUGGAGCAACUAAUAUGAAUGCUGGUACUGGUUCUGGCUUGUACCUAAUCAGGUAUACAAACAGGAUUUUCCUUUAUCUUUCAUUUGUUUUUGAAGAUGAAUUUGUGAGGUAAAGAUGGAAAUGCAGUAGCAUGGGAAGCUUUAUUUCAAAAAACUUUACAUUUGGGAGUGCUUUACAUUUAGUAAUAUAAAAGUUAUUUAAAUGUAGAAUGGUGCUUGGUUUUCUUUUUUAUAUAAAACUCUAAUGGCAAAUAAAAUAGUAAUAAUAGGCAUGCCAUUUUUGCAACAGUUUUGUAUUGUUACCUCUGUCAUAAGUGAAUGAAAUAUUUGGAAUUUAUAUCUCUAACCUUUAGGUUAAAUUGGGUAUUCUUGUAUGUGUUUAAAUUAAGAUAUAUAGCAAGAAACUAAAAUGAUUAGAAAGAAGCUGGUCAUGUUUUUAAUCCUGCAUUCAUUCCCUGAUAAUAUAUAGGUCUUCUGCAGCCUUUCUUCACUUUAGUUGAGCUGCACCAGAUUAUGAAAUGUUUGCCUCCUGAAAUGUGGGAUGCGCCAUCUCGCUUACUGCAUUUCCUCAUUUAUUAUACAAUAUAAAUAUGUAAAUAGCUUGUUUUCCACCCUUCAAAUGCCAUUUAUUGUGAUAAGUGAUUCGAAUUUUGAUUUAAAGAUAAACCUAUUGUCUUUCCUGAAUGAUAUAUGGAUUUUAUAAUUUCGAAAAGCAAACCAUUUGAGAAAUAGUCAUAGCUGAGAAUCUGCAUCAAGAAUUGUGUGCAUAGUUAUUGGGUAGUUGAAAUGCAUCGUGCCAUUUAAAAAUACGGAAAAGGUACUAGAAAAGUGAAAUAGUGGAAACAUACUUUUAAGCUGCAAUUAUUUAUAUUUACCUGGAAGUUAAUCCCAUUGACUUCAGUAAAGCUUUUGCAUAGACACAUAAUAGGACUGAAUGUUAAACCCUUAAUACUCGGGAAUCUGUACAGACCUCAGUUUCAUAUUUGAUGUAGAUGGAAGUAGUACAUUGCCGUGCCAUAGAAUUACAAGAAAGCCUAUUUUUAUUUGGGGAUAGGAAAAUGUUGGCUUCCCUAAGAAAUUGGAAAAGAAAUAUAGUAUAAAGGGACCAGAGUUAUCAAUUACUUCAAAAGAGUAAUGAGACGAAAAUGUGUAGGAUCAAAAUAAUUAGAAAUUUCUUCGUAACAUUUUUUUGUAUCAGCUGAAUUAGUUGUUAGUCAUUCUUCUAUUUGCUGAAGCCAAAAUGAAACCUUAAGACAACUUAAAAGCUUAAUGUAAAAUGUAUUGAGGAAAUUGAGGGAGGAAACUGUUUGUGCCCUAGGCUUCUGGCCCAUUUUUUCAGGAGCAAACCUUUAAUGGCCAAAGACACACUUAAUGUUUUUGUACAGAUGAAGGCAGUGGUGAUCAUGUAAAAUGAAUGGGGCUAUGUCAUGCAUAGUGAUAGAGCCACUUUUUUUCCCUUAAAAUUUAAAAGUAUAAAAAUUUUAUACUUUAAGGUUUUUAAAGACUUUGUUAAGCCUUAUGUAAGACUUAUACUAGAGUUUCUUUUCACACUCAAAAAGGCAAUAUGAGAGAGUACCAAAAUACUGUAUUGGUUUGUAUGUACAAGCACCCCUAGGGUUUAAGAUUGAUUAUUACAGCAGGGUAUUUUCUAUGAUGCUCUCGCAUAACUUGAGGCCUAAUGCUUCAUUUGUGUACAAGACACUUUUAGACUUAAUGGGCUUGUACUAUUAUUGCUAGUAUAUGUAAAAAAAUAUUAAGAAUAUGGGUUAGGAAUACUUGAAGUCAUACACUUUCCUCCAAGUAUGUUGCCUUACAAGAUGCCAUUAUAUCACAUCCAGCUCAAUAUUCUGUUCUGGUGCAAAAUAAUGUUAUUAAACAUACUA